GCCUUAAAGCAUUUUUCUCUCCAGAAAAUUAUAAAGACCAUUCCAUGGCUCCAAGUUUAAAAGAACUCUAUAUUUUGUCUAACAGGUAAAAAUGUCUGCAUCUCCUUAUGUAACUCUGGCUAGCCCAUAGCUCAUCAUUUAGACCCAUCUGACCUCAUAAAGCUCUGCCUGCGUCUGCCUCUUUCAGUGCUAGGACUAUGUGUGGCUGCUGCGGCUGACUUCAAUAGUAGUCCUCGUCUUACCGUAGCUGCUGCUUUGUUAUUUUGAUGGUUCUUUGCAAUCUCUCUCAGCAUUUCCUAGGCAUGAGCUGUAUAAAGGAAAUGAUAUUUUGCUGGCAGUUAGGAAAAAAACAAAAAGAACAAAAACCUCCUAAAAUCUUUUUUUUAGAAUAGGCUUUCCUUUCUUUAGAUUUUUUUUUUUUUUUUUUACAUAGCAUGAUUUAUUAGUGUGAUUUACAGUUUAGUUUAAGAGGAAAGCACAAAGCAUUGAUUCAUGUUUCUGGAUUUUUUUUUUUGUUAUAGCAAGGAACUGAUUUUGGAGUUCAGUUACUUAGAACUUUCCUUGCUGGGGAAAAGCAUUCUUCAUUAUUUUCCAUAAUAUAGUAAUUGCUGUGUUCUCUAGCAUGUUGGAAGAAAAUAUACCUUUAAUUGUGCUGAUUUCAAAACUGAAAUCAGCCCCAUCUCAUCACUAAAAGGUGUUUACUCUUAAUUUCAGAAGAAACAUUCACUAGACUUGCUGCACUUGCAUGCCUGUUUAUAGGAUAAAAGGACCGCCAGACUAGCAUGGUAGUAGCAGUGUGAGUAAGGUAGAAAGUCAGUAUGGCUUUUCUCCUGGGAAGAUCAAGUUCAUUACAGUAUUUAAAAAGUUUAGCCAAGAGUAAAUGAGAAAAAUAAAGAGCUUUUCAUGGAGAAAUAAAAAUCUUCCUUUAUCUAAAAUUAAACAUUCUGAUUAGAGAUCCUUAUCAUUGAGUUUUGAGCCAACAAGUGACUGGAUAGUUUUGAAUUUGAUGAGGAGAUAUAGUUACUGUUAAUCUGAUUAAUAUAAAAGAAAACUAAACUACAAGAUUUAGGAAGACUUUGAGAUGGAGCCCAGAAAUAUCAUUUCCAAAUGUGGUUCUUAAAGAAACUGCCAAACUAGUCAACUUAAGAGUCUUGCAAACUGCUUGGAACCUUCUUUUAUUUCAUAGCAACUUGAAAUAAAAAGGAAAAUGGUAGUUGACAAAAUGAAGGAGGAAGCUUCAAACUAUCAGCUGGAAUAAAAUGCAGUGGUGUAAUGUAUGUGGGGAGUGCUGCUGGGGACUUGUGGCUGCACCUGAUGAAGAUUUUGACAGCGCUGCACUUGAAAAUGAUCUUGAUGUGCUGCCGUGCAUUCUCUGCUGGAUGUGGCCAAUUUACACUGCUGGAGUGUCUUGACAUUCCUACUCGGGCAUAUCUGAGUCAGCAGCUCGUUGCUGCUGCAGCUUAAUUAAAUUUGCCAGUUUGUGCCAGGAGGACAGACAUGUUCUCAUAUUUAGAGAGACAGCUGUGAAGCAGUAUUGUUAAGAGUUGCGGACACAAUACUGUUAGGUUUGAAUAGCUCUCAAGACGUAUUCUAGUGAGAAAUCAAUUUGCUGUAAUACAUUUCUACCAAGAUCAGCAGUUAAUAUUCAUUUUGUUAACCUAAAACGAGCUUAUUUUUAUAGUUACUGGAGAAACUUUGGUAGCUAAGUAUGUGUUUUCUUGUCUGUAUUUCUAGAGUCAGCCUGAAUGCCACAAUUUUAAUUUCCAAAAUUUUUUUCUCUUUAACUAAGUAGUAGCUAUUUGUUGAAUUUUUCAUUCAUAGUGUAUCUCUGAAGUGUUAUAAAAUGACUUUGCUUUAUUUGGGGGAGGAAGGUUUUUACCCUCUUCGAAAAUGCUAUUUCCAGACUUUGGAAUUUAUACUAUAUUUAUUAUACUAUUAUAAAUUAAUAGUUCCCAACAUUAUCGAUAAGGCCCAAACCUUCUCAUUUUUAACAACUAUUUGUAAGAAUUUAUGUACUUUUUAUUAGAAAUUAAAUUGAUAGCUCAUUAACACAAAUAACUUUUAAAAACAAUGUGUUCUAGAUAUGUAAUGUGAAAUAAAAAUAAUACCUAUGCUGUAUUAUAUAAUGUAUAAUGCAUUUGUGCAGAUAUAUUCCUGCAGCAGAAGAUGGGAUGAUUUGUGGAGAUGGUCCAUUUACAGUGUAUGACAUGUGUAUAACCUAUAAGAGGACCCUGGAUUCAAUUCUCAGCACCAAACACCAUAAUGAAAAUGUAUUUAAGAGAAGCAGAAUGAAGCAUACUAAGAAAUAAUCAUAGGGGAAAAAUGUAGUGUCAGAGUAACAAUUAUAAAAUUGUUUUUAUGUAAGAGAAAAAAAGACCUUUGUAAGUUAGUUUCCUUCUUUCAUAUGGAUGUAGUUUUCUUUCAUUCAUUUGUCAAACCACUGACUUAACAUCAUGGCGAUUGAAGAUUGUAUUGUAAUCUACUUGUUAAAGCUCUUGGACAUAGCAUACACUAGCAAUUAUAGAUACCAGUGCAUAUUAAUGAAUGAGUUAAUAUUCAUUCUUUUUCAUUAGUUUCCUUUCCUCCAUGAAUUCUUGUUUAAUUUGGAAUCAAGUUAAAGAAGCAAUGACAGUGGCAGAAAUCAGAGUUUGGAGACCAAGAACAGAGAGUUUUUGGUAGAUUUCUACCCUUUUCCUCAAAUUGUAGACUAAAUAACUGAAUAGCAAAGAUAGACACUAUUAUGAAAAAGAUAAUCUAUAGUAAUAUAUCUUACUAGAAAUAGGUAGUUUUACUUAUUGGGCUGUCAUUUUACAAACAAGCCUAACAUCAGGUUCUCUGGCUGCUACUACGCUUUACCUCUUCUUGCAGCAGCACCUCCUUACAGAUGUGCCAUGGUUUUUCUUUUGCGUCCAUAAAAAGCAUAGAGACAUUUCUGUGAAUUUAGCCAUAUAUGUGAUAGAAUUGUCUAAUCUUUCUAAAAUCAUUACUGCUGCCAUAAAAUGUGACAGAUACUAGAAUUUUAUUUUUAAGUUCUGAGGUAACCGAUGGAAACCUUAAGAAUUUCAGAGAAUUAAUUAACUUCAAGUUUGUGACCCCAUUUUAUUUCUGUUUUCAGUGUUCUUUGUUCACCAUAUUAACUGGUACACUUUAGUGAAGACAGUAAGCAUUAAAAACUGAGUAGCACUGUAAUAAGUAAAUGUUAGUAUAAUUCACAUUAUGAUUUCCCCUUUUAAUAAAAGGGGGAAGUUCCAAGUAGAGCAGUUAGUUGAAGUGUGCCUCUCCCCCUCUCUCAGGUGGCUGAAGGUAAACCUGCAGUGAGGUCUUUUUCAUGGAGAAUACUUAAUCUACGCUAAAUGACUGAACAUCAGAAUGCAGGUGGCAGAGUAGAUAAUAAUCCAGAAGUUACUGUUAAUCAUGCCAUAUUAUUCUCCCUUUUGAUUGAGAACCAUAAGUUCCAUGAUAGUAAUCUUCAUGUGAAAAGCACAUAUUUGUAAAUUGUAUUUUUUUUCCAGACGUAUAGGAGAAAAUUUGAGUGUCUCAGCAAGUUCUGUAGAAAAUGAGCCUGCAGUUAGUUCAGCAACUCAAGCAAAGGAAAAAGUUGGGAUGAUUCUCCUUCCCAAACCAAGAGUUCCUUAUCCUCGCUUCUCUCGGUUCUCACAGAGAGAGCAGAGAACGUAUGUGGAUUUGUUGGCUAAAUAUGCAAAGAUCCCCUCAAAUUCCAAGACUGUUGGAACAAAUACAAAUGAAUACCUGCAGUAUCUGGAUAUGAAAAAACAUGUGAAUGAAGAAGUUAAUGAAUUCCUAAAGUUUUUACAAAAUUCUGCAAAGAAAUGUGCACAGGAUUAUAAUAUGCUUUCUGAUGAGGCCCGUCUCUUCACAGAGCAACUCCUAAGAGCUUGCAUUGGACAAGUGAAAAAGUACCCAGAAUUUUAUACUCUUCAUGAAGUUACCAGCCUAAUGGGAUUCUUCCCCUUCAAAACAGAGAUGGGACUGAAGCUGGAAAAGACUCUUCUUGUUUUGGGCAGUGCAAAGUUUGUAAAAACAGCAUUUCCCUCGAUGCCUGUGAAAUUACAGCUCUCAAAAGAGGACAUGUCUUCCAUUGAGACCCCACAGCAAAAAGCUGAAGUUAUGCACUGUGAUAUUAGUAAAGACCCGAACGCAGAGAAGCUUGUUUCAAGAUACCAUCCGCAGAUAGCUCUGACUAGCCAAGCAUUAUUCACCUUGCUCAAUAACCAUGGACCAAGCUACAAGGAGCAGUGGGAAAUUCCAGUGUGUGUUGAGAUGAUAGCUGUGGAAGGUUCCAAACCAGUUAAAGUAAUUUAUAUCAAUUCUCCACUUCCUCGAAAGCAAAUGACAAUGAGAGAAAGAAAUCAAAUCUUCCAUGAAGUUCCAUUAAAACAUAUAAUAUCAAAAAACACAUCUGUUCCAGUCUCUGCUGUCUUUAUGGACAAACCUGAAGAGUACACCUCUGAGGUGGACAUGCCCACUGAAGCUAGUGAGUGCCGGAAAAUUGAAACUCUGGAAAAUUUGGAUAUGGACUUUGAUGGUGAUGUCACAGAACUUGAAACCUUUGGAGUAACUACUACUAGUCCACCUAGGUCACCAAGUUCAGAAAGUGACUCCUCUGCACCCCUCAUGACAGAUGUCCACGCAGUCCCCAAAAUAGCAGCUGUGCCUGUGGCACCAGCUACGCCUGUGGCACCCACUAUGCCUGUGGCACCAGCUAUGCCUGUGGCACCCACUAUGCCUGUGGCACCAGCUACACCUGAGGCAUCAGCUACACCUAACAUUACUGAUGAUUCUAGAAGUUUAUGUCAGAUUCUGAUGAAACAAUUACAGAAGGAGAAACAGCUAUUCUCUGGUGUGGAAAGUGGUCCUGAAGGGUGCAAAAAUAAAGAUGAUCAAGGACUUGAACCAUGUGGUGAAGAGGUUCUCAGUGCCAAUGCAAAAUCUCUAACACAAGAUAAUGAAGUCCACAGAACUGAGGGAAUUUCUAAGGAAAGUGACGUAGGUGUGCUGUGUACCAAUGAUGAAAGACAGGGUGAUCAGGGGAAUGCAAACAAUCCUAACAACACAGCUACUGCAUCAGAAGCAGCUGAAAGUGAGAAAGGGAUUCCUUGUGGCAGUGAUACAGAUGAGGACUGCUUAAUCAUUGAUACAGAGAGUAGAAGUUGUGAUGGAAAGACAGCUGAUUUAGGUUCUAGGCCAAAUUCUUCAGCACAGGCUUCUGCGGGGAACCAGGCCGCUACUACUGUUUCUGAGGAAUCUUGUGUUUUAAAGAAACCUAUCAAAAGAGUCUACAAAAAAUUUGAUCCAGUUGGAGAAAUUCUAAAAAUGCAGGAUGAGCUUUUAAAACCAGUUUCCAGGAAAGUACCUGAGUUGCCCUUGACUAAUUCAGAAGAAUGUAAACAGCCGCCUGCUUCUGAGCAACCCUCUGCUGCUUUGGAUGCCACUACCUGGCCAAAAUCCAGUUGGCCCUCUGCGUUUCAGAAGCCUAAAGGACGAUUGCCAUAUGAACUUCAAGACUAUGUGGAAGAUAGAUCAGAGUAUACAGCUCCUCAAGAAGGAAACUUUGUCUACAAGUUGUUCAGCCUACAAGACCUGCUGGUACUUGUGCGGUGCAGCGUCCAGAGGGUAGAGACGAGACCACGCUCCAAAAAACGGAAGAAGAUCAGAAGACAAUUUCCAGUUUACGUGCUACCAAAAGUAGAGUAUCAAGGUUGUUAUGGAGUUGAAGCUCUGACUGAAAGCGAGCUCUGUCGCUUCUGGACUGAAAGUUUAUUGCAUUCCAACUGCUCGUUUUAUGUUGGGCAUAUUGAUGCAUUUACUUCAAAGCUUUUCAUGCUAGAAGAAAUCACUUCAGAAGAAUUAAAAGAAAAACUUGCAGCACUCAAGAUUUCAAGUUUAUUUAACAUUCUCCAGCACAUUCUAAAGAAAUUAUGUAGCUUGCAGGAAGGGUCCUACUUGCUGUCUCACGCAGCAGAAGAUUCUUCACUCCUGAUCUACAAGACCUCAGAUGGAAAAGUUACUAGAACAGCAUAUAAUUUGCAUAAGGCACAUUGUGACCUUCCUGGCGUACCCUCCAGUCUCUCGGUUCCUUGGGUCCCACUAGAUCCCAGUUACCUGUUACCAUAUCAUAUCCAUCAUGGACGAGUACCUUGCACUUUUCCACCUAAACCACUGCGCCCUGCAGCACAAGCAAAGGUUGGUGGGACAAGAAUGCCUACCCGUAACCACAAGAAUCCUGUCUCCAUGGAAACCAAAAGCAGUCGCCUGCCUGUUCAGCAAGUUGAAAAUGAAGGAGUGGCUCGGAAUAAAAGGAAAAUAAUGUAAGGGCUGGACCAUAGAAAAUGAAGUUUCAGAAAACCCAGUUAUAACAGUGUUUAAUGUUGAACUUUAAGGGGAAACAUACCCAGAAGAUCAGCGAGUGAGAAAAGUGUUUCCCCUCGCUAUCCUGGAGUUCUUACAAAGUGCCUUGGAAACCUACUGACUGCAGGAAUGGUGGUGACAGCAGGAGUUAGUCACUCCUCAGCACUGGUGCACGGAGAAUGUAGAAUGCUCCAUUAGCAUGGCAGCAAACUGAAUAAGAAAAAUAUUUUUAUAGCAUUCUUUUCUAAAGAUCAUAGGUAGGAAAACCACUUGCUGAUUUAGGAACUGUCAUGUAUUAUGUUAUCAAUUUGAUUAUAUUGCCACUCAAAUGAGACUGGCCCAAUAGUUAAAUAUUGCCAAUGUUAGAAACAGCUCUGUGCAUUGUUUAUGACCUAUUUUUGUCAGUAUUAAAACUGCUGUUGAUGUUUGAAAACCUGUUGAAAUUCCUUUGUGGACCCCGAAAGUGAAAACAAGAAAGAUCCUCAUCUCUGAAAAGUGGCAAAUUAAUAUUUUCUUACUAGGCAACCACCCUUGUGUUUUAUAAAAACAAAAAACAUUCUGUGGUGUGACAGCUUUGGUGGCAAUAUCUCUACUACUUUGCACAAAUUCCAUGUAAAUGUGGUAAAAUACUACCCAAAGCAGAAAUAACCAUGAGGAUGCAGGAAAAAAAA